AUGAAUCCAACUUUCGGAAACGAAACAACCAACCACCAACAUAAGAUCGCUGUUUGUUCAACAGAUAAUUGGUUUGGUAACGUCAUUGCUAGGAGUCUUAUAUUGGAUUGCGGUAAACGUAGCGUCGUUACGAUCCGUUGUUUGGCCCAAGACACUAAUAACAAAUGUGUCAAGAAACUUGAGCGUUUAGGUGGUGAAAUUCAUAGGAUCGACUAUGAACGUCCUGAAACAAUUAGAAAUGCUUUACACGGUGUUGAAUUCUUAAUUUUCAUUAGUGAAGCCGAUAAAAAUCGUGUUAAAGAAGCUAGAAUUAUGGCUGAUGCUGCCUCUGAAAGGGAUGUUAAUAACGCGAUCAUCAUGUCGUUGGAAGGUGCCGAAGAUGGAGAAGGAAAAAUUUUGGGUGAAUUUAGGGAAAUGGAAAAGGUUGUUGGCGAGAGGAUGAGAAAUUCAUGUGUGGUCAGAAAUGCUUUCCUUCAACAAGCUUUCUUCCUUUGGUCUCCAAAUAUUGAAGACAGGGGAGAAAUCAACAUGACUCCUCGCGAUAGUAAUGAAUGGGCUCCUGUUAAUCUUGACGACAUUAUCUCUGCGAUUGUAUGCUUAAUGUUACAAGAUGGCAAGAUGGUAUCCGAACUCAGCAAAAAGAAUCGGAACAAGGUCUAUUGUUUGACAGGUCCUGAGCUUACAUGCGGGCGUGGAAUUGCCGAUACCAUCAAUCGAGUUAUUCAAGACAGGGGUGAUGUUGAAUACAAAACUGUUAAUCGUCGUCAACUUGAAGAUUACCUUAGCAAGCUUGCUGAGGAAGAUCGCGAGCGUAAUCGAGACUGUGAUCGAGAUUGUGAUCCAAACCUAGAUGAUAUGGAUGAUUGUCUUCUUGAACAACGUGAUGGCAUUUAUUUGAUUCAACGUGGAUUAGCCUUGUUACACGAGUGUCUCGCUAAUUUCUUCAGAAAUACUCAACAAUCUUUGGAAUGUGGAAAGUUAACCUUUAUUGAAGGUGUCAAUCGGCUUGUUUCGGCUACAACUUUAUUCGAUGAAGUCAAUC